AUGCCUCAGGGAAUCCCUUCCCCACUUCUACGACUUCGUCCAGAAGGGGGGCCUGCUCGGCUUCGUUGCAAGUCCCGGCCAGAGACAGUUCGUAGCCGGCUUCAUACAAAGAAGAAUCGGAUGGCACUCUCGACUCGUGAUCGCCAUGACCUCGAUGCACGGUCGGCAAGCGUCGUCGAUUCAAGGGUACUCAAUAUUCAACAAGAGGAAGUAGAGGUCCCCGGAAGUUUUUGA